UCCUAUUGCAUUGUAAUAAAGUGCAUAUUCUUAUGACUAACUAACAAAUACGACGAAAAUUGUGUAUAGACGUAUCGAAGCAAAUAACGCAUGAGCGCAAGUUUUCAUGCGCAGUGAACUCUUCAGCUUCCUGGUCGAUUGUGGUUUUCCAUUUAGUUUUUCAGCUGAUCACGCUUUCUGUAGCCGCAUCGCAGACUGUCCGCGCCGUGGGUCAUGUGCGAAACUGUCGCAGCGUAGUGAAAUCGCUGAGUGAUUGUGUUGUGUAGUUUAUUAGCUAGUGUCAGUGAUAAUGUUUUCAGGGCUUACGAAUCAGGUCAGCUCGUGGAUGGGCGCCGCGAAGGGCGAGCCUCAAGAUGAGGAAGUGCCCACCCCAACCAAGGAUGCGACAGCAGCCGGAGAAACUUCGGCGGAAGGUGAAAAACAGAGUCCUACAAAAGGGGGCAGUAAACUGGACCUCAUCACCAAUGUCAAAUCACAGAUGACUGGGUGGCUGGGGUCGGGUAUCCCUAUCCCUGGGCUGAGGAAAAACGAAGCUCCACCUCCAGAACCUGAGCCAGCACCCGUAGAACCGGUAGAAGAACCAAAACCAGAAGGAAAAGACGAUGAUGAUAACUCUAGGUAUAAUAGCGCAACUGGUGGUGCGGACAGCAGACCAGCAUCCACCGGCGGGACCCCGACCGAGGACCAGCCUGCUGGCGUUGGCAAUGGUCAUCAGAGUAGAAUAUUCUCAGUAGACGCUAUUGAGGUUCCGGAUAUGCAAGAACUGACCACGAAAGCUGUGGCCGGCGCCAAGUCGCUGGGCAACUUCCUAUACUCGGCGGUGAACAAGGCCGGCGCCAAGGUCAGCGAGGCGAGCGCCAAGAUCAAGAAGACCGUCGAGGAGAACAGCAUCCUGGGCGAGUUCAACCGCGAGCAGGACGCUUUCAUCAAGGGCCAGGAGGGGCGCGGUGGCGCGGCCGCCGUCGCGCCCUGGAUCGGCGCCCCCAACGAGGCGGCCCUGAAGGACGAGUGCCUCUCACUUUCCACUGACCGACGGAACUUCGUGCGCGCGCCCCCUGCCGGCGUGGAAUUCGACUUCGACUACGACAAAAUGUACCCGGUGGCAGUCGCGAUCAUGGCCGAGGACCCCAACCUCGAGAAGAUGCGCUUCGAUCUCGUGCCAAAAGUUAUCACAGAGGAGAACUUCUGGCGAAACUACUUCUACCGCCUGUCGCUGAUCUGCCAAGCCAACGAGGCCGACGCGGCCGCCAGCCGCCAGCAGAGCGCUGACGAUUCGCAGGAUGAUGAUAAAUCGGGAAACCAGGGUGUGGUAACCAAAGAGAAAGCGUCACAGGACUCAAUUGAUGACGUCAAGAAGCGAAUAAAGUCAUUGAAAGUCGAUAGAGAGAACGACGACGAGCAAUGGGAGAAAGAACUAGAAGCUGAACUGAAGGAGUACGAAGUGGUAGCCGAGAAGACUGGUGAUGACAAAUGGGAGAAAGAAUGCGAGGAUCUGUUAGGAGAAGACGUGGACCUCAAGUAGACCAGAGUAACCCAGAAACUUUUUAAUCCAUUCUCAUUGAUAAUAAAAAAUUAUGUUAAGAUAACCUAUUUACGGUAAGAAGUAUGCCAACAUGCUUAUCUUUGUUCUUCUGUCUUUCCGUAAACAAUUCUUUGUUCAUAUAUAAUUGAGAGUCAAAAAUUUAAUGAAAUACAUAUGUAUUAAUUUUAAUAUAUAAUUAAAAACAAAAGAUUUUAUAAUAAAAUAUCCUUCUUUCUGUAGAUCAUAAACUUAAUUUCUAUUUACAUUUUAUGGUAUAAAUAUACUGGCCAAUAACUUGAGCAGCAAUUGUGGUCAAAUAGAUACAUUGCGCAAACUUGAAUUAACAAUUUAAACAAAACUCGAGACAAUAUUAUCUGUGGUUUGUUUAAGUUGUUUGCCGCGUAAUUUUUUAAAAGUUGUAACAAAUGGGUCAAGUCUAGAUAUUUCAAAUGUAUAGUGGUUGGAAAAAAAUUAAGGUAAAUUUAUGUGCAAUUUCUUCUAAUAUUAAUGUUUUAGUUUUUUUUUAUUUUAUUUUAUUAUUGAUUGUCUCUGAAAAGUGAUAGAUAAGGCAGACUUCAUUAGAUUUGUAAUGAAAUAUAGUUAGUCUUUUAAUUUGCCAAAUUAUAGUUUUGUAUAUUUUUUUUUUGUUCUGUCUGUGGGUACUUGUAAAAUAAGGUCCCUGCAAAUCCCUGCAAACAGUAAUAAAAUAUUUGUGCCAGCGAGGCUUAAUUAGUUUUAUGAAAAUUAUAAAUCCGUUAUAUAGCUUUCGAAAUUUAAGUUUUCUCGUUACACGCUGACAAUUUCUGAUUUGAAACUUUUAUAUAAGUAAUUUAAUAUUAGAAAAACGAGGAAUGUUUUCACAUUAAAAAAAAAAGAACAAUUAUAGAUUCAGAAAUAAAAUACAAAUAAGAGAGGUUCGUUAUAUAUGGAUAGAAAGGGGGGGGGGGGUUGAUUAAUAAUGAUGUAACUUGACUGAUCAAUUUGAUCGUUACAGUACACUAGCAAAGCAAACUGGAUGCUGUUACGAGGGAGCAAUGUUUAGAUAUACUUCGUUGCAUUUGUGGAAACCAUAUUAAGAUUAUUUAUACAUUAAUAAUGCUUAAAACGUCUCAUAUCAGAAAUAUGCCCAUAAAAGGCCUAAAUUUAAAUGCAAGAUUCAAUAGUUAUUCGCGUCACGCGGUGCAUUUUUUAAAAAGGUAGUUAUAUGAAAAAGUGCUUUUUUUAUUUUAAAAGGACAUUUGUUUUUCUUGUAUUAAUCUAGUGAAUAAUAAUAUUUUUAAUAUUAUUGCUUUGUAAAUACAUGUAAGAUAUACAUAUUUAUAAGUUAUGCGUAUAAAUUAUUUAUAUAUAAAAGGCUGUAUUAAGGUUUCCUCAGGGUCGGCAACGCGCACGUGACAACCCUAGUGUUGCAGCCGUCUAUAGGCUACCCUGACCGUUUACCAUCAGGCUGUAUGCUUAUUUGCCACAUUCGUGGUAUUAAAAAAAAAAAUGUAGAUGUAUCCCGAACGUUAUUUUACGUUUUGGAUAUAAUUUCAAAAUGUUUUCCGAAUGUGUACACUCUUAUACCUAUUUACUGUUUUCUUUGGACUGAAUGAGACAUAACAUUUUUUAAAAUAUAACGGUAACUCGACCUAUGUGUGUGUCACUAUACGCUGGCGGGGCACCAAUAAGGGAUGAUAGGUGAGGAUGAAGUCUGAUAACCCAUCGCGAGAAAUAUUGCAAGAAUUAACCACGAUGGUUUCCAGAGGGAGCUAUGGGCAGGUCAACCUGACGGUAUAUUGGUAAUGAUAGGGCCGCGAGACCCCAGCAAUCAGAGGGCCUACCAUGAAAUAUUUUUCAAAAAAUACGAUUGCAUUUAAACAAUUUUCAUGUUAAAAUUACAUAACACAUACCGUCUAAAAAUAUUAAAAUAUCGUUCCUUUGGACUAUUAUGGUAGAAUUUAUGGUGAACGAUGUGUUAAGCACCAUUUACUGGGCCGAUUUCGCUAUGAACAAAAACAUGAAAUUGAGUCGGAAAUUUGACAUUUCAUUUCAUGGUAGACAUUUUGUUUUUAAAUAUUCGAAAUUGAACUAAAAUUCGACGCCAAAAUACUUGGCAGAAAUGUUUUUACCUGCGAAUUGAUCUCUCUCAGAUUUUUUUUUAUUAUUGUCUAUUAAUUAUUUGAUCAACUGUGUAUCCUAAUCUUGUGAGUAUCCUGACACACUCACACAGGAAAGCAUCAGUAUAAUAACGUAUACUUUACAACUUAAAUUUAAAAAAAUAUAACUACAUAACAAUUUUCUUUUUUAAUAUCUGUACAUAAAUACUCUGUGGUCAUUAGACGUAACUCCAGCAAGUUAAAGGCAAAUACGUAAUAUACUUACUAAUAAAACCUUGGGAUCACAUCUCAUUCAGUCUAUACUACAUUUUUAUUAUUAAAUAGCGUAAUGUAGAUAAGUUCUGUAACAUUCCUGUAUUAUUGUCAUUAAUAAAAGUUGAUCCUUGU